AACCCUGAGUUAAGGAAGCGGGCCAUCACAGCCUCAGCGGCGUUGGAUGCAACAGAAGCCCAUUUCUCUGAGUUCUUUCUGAAAAAACUUCUCUUUUACGGCGAAGAUGUCACGGGAUAGCAGAACUACAAAUAGGCGUAGGAGGUCCAGGAGUCGCUCCAGGAGCACAGAACGGAAGAGAUCAAGAUCUAGAGAAAGAGAAAGGGAUAGAGAUAGGGACAGAGAUAGGGACAGGGACAGAGACCGUGACAGGGAUCGGGACCGGGGAAGAUCUCGCAGAUCCCGGUCGAGAGACCGAGAUCGCCACAGGUCAAGAAGCAGGGAAAGGAGAAGGUCAAGGUCGAGAGAGAGGCGCUCGAGAUCACGUGACAGAUCAAGGUCCAGGGAGAGAGAAAGGGACAGGAGGUCGCGUUCCAGAGACAAGGAGAGAGAUAGGAAGAGGAGCAGAAGCAGGUCAAGAGAACGAGAAAGAGACAGGAAGAGGAAUAAGAGAAGUAAAUCGCACUCUCCAGUCAAGGUGAAACCUGCCCCACCUCCCCCAAAGCCUGUGGAACCACCACCACCAGAACUGAAGGAGGAAGAGGAGACCGGUCUAGAUUUUGAUCCCUCGAAGAUAGACAAGGAGGAAGCAGAGAAACGUCUUGAGGCGGAAAUGCAAAAAAGAAGAGAGAGGAUAGAGAAAUGGAGAGCUGAGAAGAAGAAACGAGAGCUUGAGGCAGCUAAGAAGGAAGCAGAGAAGGGAACACUAGGAGCUAAUGUUCCCAAAGUGUCAAUAAAAGCCUGGAGUUUAGAAGAUGAUGAUGAAGAGGAAGAGGGAGAAAGUAGAGAGACAGAAGGGAAAGUAGAAGAGGAGGAUGAAGUUGAUCCUCUCGAUGCCUUCAUGUCAGGAAUUCAAGAAGAAGUGAGAAAAAUCAAUCGGGUUGAUAUGCGAGGAGGCGUUAUGAAGUCCACCAAGCCCAUUUCAGUGGGCACAGGGGAAGCGGGAGCAAAGAAACCUGUCAUCAUCAUGGGUGUGGCCAAGAAAGUGGACGCCAAGAAGAAGGGUGAGCUGAUGGAGCAGAACCAAGAUGCGCUAGAGUAUUCAUCAGAGGAAGAAGGAGAGGACCUCAAGGAUACCAUGGCCAGCAUCAACUCCAAAGGCAAAAAGGAACUAGUAAAGAUUGACCAUACAGCAGUUGAGUAUGUUCCUUUCAGGAAGGACUUUUAUGUGGAGGUUCCUGAGAUUGCCAACAUGACAAAGGAGGAGGUGGAUGCUUACAGAGCGGAGCUAGAAGGCAUUAAGAUCAAAGGUCAGGGAUGCCCCAAACCCAUCAAGACAUGGGCUCAGUGUGGGGUCAGUAAGCGAAUCUUAGAGAUACUAAAGAAGUGUAAUUACGAGAAACCAACACCUAUUCAGGUUCAGGCCAUCCCUGCAAUCAUGAAAGGCAGGGAUGUGAUCGGUAUUGCCAAGACAGGGUCAGGGAAGACCCUGGCCUUCCUUCUGCCUAUGUUCCGCCACAUCGUGGACCAGCCUCCUCUUGAGGAUACAGACGGACCCAUAGCCAUCAUCAUGACACCAACAAGAGAGUUAUGCAUGCAGAUAGGAAAAGAAUGCAAAAAAUUUGCUAAGAACAAUCUGAGAGUUUGCUGUGUAUAUGGAGGCACAGGAAUUUCAGAACAAAUUGCUGAGCUGAAACGUGGGGCAGAAAUCAUUGUCUGCACUCCUGGCCGCAUGAUUGAUAUGUUAGCAGCAAACAGUGGCAGAGUGACCAACCUUCGGAGAGUGACAUACGUUGUUCUUGAUGAGGCAGAUCGCAUGUUUGAUCUUGGUUUUGAACCACAGGUCAUGAGAAUAAUAGAUAAUAUUCAACCAGGCCGGCAGACGGUUAUGUUCUCGGCAACUUUCCCGAGGCAAGUGGAGGCACUGGCCAAGAAGAUUCUCACCAAGCCUAUUGAGAUCACGGUAGGUGGAAGGUCCAUCGUCUGCAAAGAUGUAACACAGGAGGUGGUCAUGAUUGAGGAGGACCAGAAGUUCCUGAAGCUUUUGGAGAUCCUGGGGAAGUUCUAUGAGAAGGGCCAGACGCUUAUCUUCGUGGACAAGCAGGAGAGUGCGGAUUCAUUGUUUAAGGAUCUCCUUAGUCACUCGUAUCGUGCCCUUGUACUUCAUGGAGGUGUUGACCAGAUUGACAGAGACAGCACAAUCUUAGACUUCAAGGCAGGACGGGUGCCUAUCAUGGUAGCAACCUCAGUGGCAGCAAGAGGUCUUGACGUAAAGCAACUCAUUUUGGUUGUUAACUUCGACUGCCCUAACCAUUAUGAAGACUAUGUUCAUAGAUGUGGUCGAACUGGUCGGGCAGGUAACAAGGGAUGGGCCUUUACUUUUAUCACCAAUGACCAGCCUAAAUUCGCGGGAGAAGUUAUACGCGCCAUGGAGCUGUCUGACACACCUGUACCUGAGGAAAUAAAGAAAUUCUACGAGGAGUACAAGCAGAAGAUGGAAGGUGAGGGCAAAAAGGUAAAGACAGGGGGUGGCUUCCAUGGCAAGGGGUACAAGUUCGACGAGUCCGAGGCCAACUUUGCGUCAGAGAAAAAGAAGUUCGAGAAGGCAGCGCUGGGUCUGGCAGACUCGGAUGACGAGGAUAUUGAGCAGGACAUUGACCAGCAGAUUGAGAGCAUGUUGAACACCAAGAGGACUGUCAAGGAGAUUAAAGUGACGCCAAUGGUAGCGCAGUCCACAGGCAGCACAACAACGACAAGCAUUCCUGUUGGUGGUCCCUCUGCUUCGGACAAGCUAGAGCUGGCGCGGAAACUAGCUCAGCGGAUUAACCUGCAGCACAACAUUGGCAAGGAAGCUAAGGGAGCAAGUCAGCAGGCAGCAGAGUUCAUCCUCAAGGGAGGAGCUACAAUGCAGCCCACCAUCUCUGCUAAAACAGUGGCUGAGCAGAUGGCCCAGAAACUGAAUAAUAAGCUGAACUACCAGCCUCGUGACGACCGCGAAGAGGAGGAGGAAGCCACAGAGGAAACACACCACAAGUAUGAGGAGGAGCUGGAGAUCAAUGAUUUCCCCCAGCAGGCCAGGUGGAGAGUGACCAGCAAAGAGGCCCUGGCCCAGAUAUCCGAGUACUCCGAAGCUGGAAUUACAGUCAGAGGAACCUUCUGCCCUCCGGGUAAGAACCCACCAGAGGGUGAACGCAAAUUGUUCCUAGCCAUUGAGUCCACCUCAGAGCUGGCAGUGUCUAAGGCCAAAGCUGAGAUCAUCCGCUUAAUCCGUGAGGAACUGGUGAAGCUGAGGACGAGUGCAGGACCAGUGAAAGCACAAGGAAGAUACAAAGUUUUGUAAAGUCUGCUUAUCAAGGGUGUUUUACAUGGUUGCAUACUCCUUUAGUUUUUUUUUAUUUUGUUUUAUUUCUUAUUUUUUAUUUUAUUUAGAUAUUUUUUUUUUCUUUCAUGCUAAAAGAAAUUCCCUUUUCACACUCCUCUUUGCCUUUUUCCCCCCUCAUUCUGUUUUCCAUUGUCAGAUCAUGUAUUGCCAAAGCUGUGCAUAGCAUUAUGUACACAUCUCUGUUUCAUGAAAAUAUAUCAUGUAAAUAGAGUUAGGUUUUACUUGUUUGUAGACUUCAAAAGCAAAACAAAAAUAGCAUAUACUUAUCAUCAGUGCAUUAUUAGUUUUUAUUUUUAUUAAAUUUGACUUCAAAGAGAAUUUUAACUGCAACAUUCCUGUCAGGGAUCUGAACUUGUAAGCUGUUGAAUUUUGUUGGAAGGAAUAUACUGCAGUUCUUUGUUCAGUGUAAAGUGUGGCAGAAAAACUUUUGAUAGUCCGUUUUGAUAAAUGUCAAAAAUUAUCCACAACAUGAAUAGGUCAACUAAAGCCCUUACCACUUAUUAACAUAAAUUUAGAUAUCAAUAAUGCAAGCAAUCAUGUGUGGUUUUUACCUCAAAUCUGAUAUUCAGUCUUAUUUUUUGUUAUUAGGAUAAUCUAAACAAGGUUAUUUGUAUGCCUAAGUAAGAUUUCUUAUGUACAAUCAAUGCCUGAAGUACCCAAAAUGUAUUUUAGGUCAACACUGUGAGACUAAAUUAUUUCAACAAUAAAUAACAAAAUUAAAA